CUUAAACAAAUGGCUUGGGCGUGUGUGUGUGUGUGGCAAUGCCAGUUUGACUUCCGACAAAGUUUCUAUAAAAGACAUUGGCGUCUGGUUUAAUUAAGACACGGGGAACGUUCGCUCUGCAUCGUCUGCUGAAGCUUCGAACUAACAGACUUUCAUUUGAAAUUUCAACAUGAAGUUUCUCACUGCACUGGUCCUCCUGAUGGUGUCAGCUGUUCUAGGAGGCAGCUUAAAAUCCUUGUUCGCAGAGAUUGAGGAGGAUCUGAAGGAGAACAUGUUUCGGGAAGAGAAAGAUGAUCAGCCUGACGAAGACUGGGGCGACAAAAAGGAUUGGGGUGAAAUGAAAGGUUGGGGCGAUAAAAAAUCUUGGGACGACUUGAAAGGCUGGGGCGAUAAGAAAUCUUGGCGCGAUCACAAAUCUCGAGGCUGGGAAAACCGCAGACAGGACAGAGAUGAUGACAGUGACAGCAAAGAGAGCGACAAGGAAUUAGUCUCUGACUUCAGAAGAUAUGUCCGCAUGCAAGCUAUGAAGGAGGCUGAAGAGAAAGAAGCCAAAGCAGAAGUUUACCGUCAGAUGGAAAGAGUUCAGAUGAAAAAAUAUCUGUCAGAGAAAAUGGAAGAACUGACUGAGAACUUUGAAGCACAAAGGAUGAAAUUCGUCUUUCAGACCACAGUACACUUUCUGUCUCUGUGCCAGGGCGGCAGCAAUGCUAAAGAAAUGUUAGAAGAAUUAGACGAUGGUCAGUUGGGAGACAAAAUGGUGAUCACAUUGUAUGAUGCAUCCAGUGGAAAUGAAACAUCAAGUGGAAACGACACCGUUAGUGGCAACGAAACACUCAGUGGUAAUGACACAAUGAAUAACAAUGGCACGGUCCCAGACGACACGAAUACUAUGUUUGACGGGACACAUCUGAAGUGGUUCGCUGAAAUGGAGAAAGAAGCUAAGAUCAAGUAUCUCCUUCACGGCUACAUGAUGUCCAUGUGCGCUGCUGCCCAGAGAAUGACCGGGGAAAUUCAAAUGCUAGAGCUCCAGAUUGAUAACUGCAGAAAGAAUGUCGGACCCUGUGGAGACCUCAUGCCUUAAGCUGAAGUCAAAUAGUUGCAUCAAGACAAGAGAAGUUUAGUAAAUGACCACCUAUCUAAAUGAAUGGUCAAAUAGGUUUUAUUUUGUCACAAUUAAAACAAAUUUUUUGAAUUUUACAA